UCUGCGCAGUCGUCGCCAUCGACAUCGCCAUCAGUGUGGUAUAAAAGCCCAAUGCACAACCAGAGCCGGGAAACAGUUGAAACAAGAUGAGGCCAAGUCAGUUGUUUAUUUUAUUGAUCGGCUGCUGUGCGUGGUUUCUAGUGCCCACUGAAUCAAAUAUGAAAGAUGUCUGGUUACGUCCUGGUUGCCAUAAGGUGGGUCAUACACGCAAGAUAUCCAUACCAGAUUGUGUAGAAUUCACCAUUACCACAAAUGCCUGUCGAGGAUUCUGUGAGUCGUAUGCUGUGCCCUCAGUGCCAUGGCAAGGAGCUUCUUUAACUGGCCUCUUCAGGACUCCCAAGCCGGUGGUCAGUGUUGGACAAUGUUGCAACAUGAUGAAAUCCGAAGAGAUCCAGCGACGCGUCUUGUGCAUUGAAGGCAUAAGGAAUGUCACAUUCAAGAGUGCCACAUCUUGUAGCUGCUAUCAUUGCAAAAAGGAUUAGAACUGGACUUGAUUGGAACAAUGAAUUAAUGAAAUUAAACAAAAUAUUUUAUGCCUGAGCCAUUUUUCUUUUGACAAAUACACUGUGAAACAAAAUCUAGCUGCAAAAUUAAA